AUGAAGCCGAAGGGGCGGCUCCUUGGCCGCAGCAGCAGCAAGAAGCGGCUGGUCGUGCCACCGUCGCCGUCGCCGGCGGUUGCGGCGGACGGCGGGAUGGAUGAGGGAAAGGCGGAGGAGAGGCGGAAGGAGGCGGAGCGGGAGGAGGGGAAGGAGCGCGAGCGCGGGCUGCUGGGCGUGCGGCGCAACAAGGGCGCUGGCGCGCGGUCGUGGCUGCGGAUUGACCAAUCAGGGCAGACGCAGGUCAUAGAGGCGGACAAGUACGCCAUCAUGCGCCGCUGCUCCAUCCCAGCUGCUCCAUGUCAUGUGUUGCCAUCCCAUGUCAUAGAAGCGGACAAGUACGCCAUCAUGCGCCGCUGCUCCAUCCCAGCUGCUCCAUGUCAUGUGUUGCCAUCCCAUGUCAUAGAGGCGGACAAUUACGCCAUCAUGCGCCGCUGCUCCAUCCCUGCUCGCGACCUCCGCAUUCUCGACCCAUUGCUCUCCUACCCCUCCACGCUGCUGGGGCGCGAGCAAGCCAUUGUGGUGAAUCUGGAACACAUCAAGGUGAGUCAGAAUAUUUUGAAUGCCUCGUUGGGUCGCUCUAUACCGUGUCCUCCACAUUCUCUCGACCCAUUGCUCUCCUACCCCUCCACGCUGCUGGGGCGCGAGCAAGCCAUUGUGGUGAAUCUGGAACACAUCAAGGUGAGUCAGAAUAUUUUGAAUGCCUCGUUGGGUCGCUCUAUACCGUGUCCUCCACAUUCUCUCGACCCAUUGCUCUCCUACCCCUCCACGCUGCUGGGGCGCGAGCAAGCCAUUGUGGUGAAUCUGAAACACAUCAAGGUGAGUCAGAAUAUUUUGAAUGCCUCGUUGGGUCGCUCUAUACCGUGUCCUCCACAUUCUCUCGACCCAUUGCUCUCCUACCCCUCCACGCUGCUGGGGCGCGAGCAAGCCAUUGUGGUGAAUCUGAAACACAUCAAGGUGAGUCAGAAUAUUUUGAAUGCCUCGUUGGGUCGCUCUAUACCGUGUCCUCCACAUUCUCUCGACCCAUUGCUCUCCUACCCCUCCACGCUGCUGGGGCGCGAGCAAGCCAUUGUGGUGAAUCUGGAACACAUCAAGGUGAGUGAGAGUUCGUUGGCGUACCUCCUUGAGCCCCGCUGUCCCGUGACCUCCGCAUUCUCGACCCGCUGCCCUCCAUACUCCAACCAACCCGUCCCACGCUGUUGGGGAGAGAUCCAGCCAUUGUGCCCAGUGCUCAGUGAGCGCUGCUCACUUGUGCGACUCCGUGGGGUGCCGCCUGUAUGCCUGUUCGCCUCUGUAUUCUCCGUCCGCCCGCUGCUCUCCUCCUACCCCUCCAUGCUGUUGGGGAGAGAGAGCGAGCCACUGUGGAAGUGCUCCCGCUGCCAGAAGUUCGUAAUCCCACCCCGUGCCUCCUCCGAAGGCAUUCCCACCGCGCACGAUUCCCCUCCCUCCCCCACCCAGUGCAUGGGGGAGGAGUUGCUGCUGCUGAACCAGCUUCUCUGCCCUCCCCACCCCCCUUACACCACCUUCCAUCCCCCCAACAUCCGCUCUCAUCUCACCCAUAUCCCUUUCCUUUCCUUUCACCAACUGGCGGUACUCCCCUCCUUGCACCCACCCCCUCUUCCUCCCUGCCCAUCCCCCGCCCAUCCCCCUCUCCCACAUCCUCCCCCUGUCCCCCCAGUGCGAUAUAGUGGUGGAGUGCAUUAUAAUGGCGGAGGAGGUGCUGCUGCUCAACUGGCUUCCCUCCCCCGCCCUGCUCCCCGCAUACCCUCUCCCGCCCAUCCCUCCAUCCCCCCAUCCCCCAUCCCCCCCUCUCCCCUUCCCCCCCAGUGCAUAAUAAUGGCGGAGGAGUGCAUUAUAAUGGCGGAGGAGGUGUUGCUGCUCAACUGGCUUCCCUCCCCCGCCCUGCUUCCCGCAUACCCUCUCCCGCCCAUCCCUCCAUCCCCCCAUCCCCCAUCCCCCCCUCUCCCCUUCCCCCCCAUGCAUUAUAAUGGCGGAGGAGGUGUUGCUGCUCAACUGGCUUCCCUCCCCCGCCCUGCUUCCCGCAUACCCUCUCCCGCCCAUCCCUCCAUCCCCCCAUCCCCCAUCCCCCCCUCUCCCCUUCCCCCCCAGUGCAUAAUAAUGGCGGAGGAGGUGCUGCUGCUCAACUGGCGGAACUUCCAGGUGGCGAGGGUGGUGGAGGAGCUCAAGGCACGCCUGCCGCUGCACCUCAAUGCCGCAGGGCAGCAGGUGGGUGGUGUGGUGAGGGUAGCAGGUACUACAAGGUGCGUGCGUGUUUGCAUCAGUCCCAUUGCAGAGCACAUCUCGAGGCACAUCUCUCGAGGCACAUCUCGAGGCACAUCUCGAGGCACAUCUCUCGAGGCACAUCUCGAGGCACAUCUCUCGUGGCACAUCUCGAGGCACAUCUCUCGAGGCACAUCUCGAGGCACAUCUCUCGUGGCACAUCUCUCGUGGCACAUCUCGAGGCACAUCUCUCGAGGCACAUCUCUCGAGGCACAUCUCUCGAGGCACAUCUCGAGGCACAUCUCGAGGCACAUCUCUCGUGGCACAUCUCGAGGCACAUCUCUCGAGGCACAUCUCUCGUGGCACAUCUCGAGGCACAUCUCUCGAGGCACAUCUCUCGAGGAACAUCUCGAGGCACAUCUCUCGAGGCACAUCUCGAGGCACAUCUCUCGAGGCACAUCUCGAGGCACAUCUCUCGUGGCACAUCUCGAGGCACAUCUCUCGAGGCACAUCUCGAGGCACAUCUCGAGGCACAUCUCUCGAGGCACAUCUCGAGGCACAUCUCUCGAGGCACAUCUCGAGGCACAUCUCUCGAGGCACAUCUCGAGGCACAUCUCUCGUGGCACAUCUCGAGGCACAUCUCUUGUGGCACAUCUCGAGGCACAUCUCUCGUGGCACAUCUCGAGGCACAUCUCUUGUGGCACAUCUCGAGGCACAUCUCUUGUGGCACAUCUCGAGGCACAUCUCUCGUGGCACAUCUCGAGGCACAUCUCUCGUGGCACAUCUCGAGGCACAUCUCUUGUGGCACAUCUCGAGGCACAUCUCUCGUGGCACAUCUCGAGGCACAUCUCUCGUGGCACAUCUCGAGGCACAUCUCUCGUGGCACAUCUCGAGGCACAUCUCUCGUGGCACAUCUCGAGGCACAUCUCUCGUGGCACAUCUCGAGGCACAUCUCUCGUGGCACAUCUCGAGGCACAUCUCUCGUGGCACAUCUCGAGGCACAUCUCUCGUGGCACAUCUCGAGGCACAUCUCUCGUGGCACAUCUCGAGGCACAUCUCUCAUGGCACAUCUCGAGGCACAUCUGUCGUGGCACAUCUCGAGGCACAUCUCUCGUGGCACAUCUCGAGGCACAUCUCUCGAGGCACAUCUCGAGGCACAUCUCUCGUGGCACAUCUCGAGGCACAUCUCUUGUGGCACAUCUCUCGUGGCACAUCUCGAGGCACAUCUCUCGUGGCACAUCUCGAGGCACAUCUCUUGUGGCACAUCUCUCGCACAUCUCUUGUGGCACAUCUCUCGUGGCACAUCUCGAGGCACAUCUCUUGUGGCACAUCUCUCGUGGCACAUCUUGA